AUGCUUUUGAACUACGGAUGGCCAGACAACUUUCACGAAGAGGAAUUCAAGGCUGCAUUAGUCCCAUGGAAAGAGAUGAAAGACGAAGCAGAGGGUGCGGAUAUGGAAGCCGAGGAUGCGAGAAUCAAGGAAGCUGCGGAGGACUGGGUGCGAAGAACGUAUGGCGAGUGA